AUGUUAAGGAAACUGCCAGAUUCGGGAUUGGGGACUCCGUCGGGUGCCGACGUAUCACAGAACGCACCGUCUCUGCAGCCAGGGCGUGCCCCCUCGGUGGGUGGUCAGAAAGGCCACGGAGAUGAACUACCGCCGUCGGGGUUGAAGACGCCGGUAACAGAGGCCACGGUGCGGCCGAAGAGCAACGCCAGCGUAGCCAGCAACACGUCGAAACACUCGAAACUUAGCCAGGCCUCCCUCAAUGCACGGCGCUUACGCGCUGAGUACGAAGCGGAACUUGAGGUGGCCAAAUUAAAAGAGAAUCUUAUAAAAAAGAAGCUAGCCCUGGACAUGGCCGACCUUCAAUUACAGGAGGAAGAAAUGGACGAAGCAGCGCCCAGUGUUGCGAGCGGAGAGGUAACGGCGCGCGUGACGCGCUGGCUCGACAACACGCCCGCCGCCGCGCCGUCCCGAGCGCCAGCACCAUCUUUGCCGCGCACGCCGUCACCCGAGCCGCUGCCGCCGCUACCGAAGAGCCAGCCUCUAUCUGAUAUUGAUCGGCUAGCGGAGGCCAUUAGCAAGCUAGGACAGAAGAGACACGUGCCGCGGCAAGUGCACGAGAUACCGACGUACGACGGCAACGCUUCAGACUGGCUUGGUUUCGAAAAGGCCUAUCGCAGUACAAGCGAAAUACACGCAUUUAAACCUUUCGAAAAUAUGGCACGCCUUCGAGUGGCACUUGUCGGCGAGGCAAAGGCCGCUGUACGAGAUUUGUUGAGAACUGCCACCGAUCCUGAAGAAGUGAUGAAAGCGCUAGAAGACGAAUUUGGACAUCCGACUCGCCUUUUGGAGUGCGCGUUGAAGAAAGUGCGUGAAUUGCCUAAACUUAGCGAGGACGGACGCGAAAUUCGCAAAUUCACAACGACAGUACGAAAUUGCGUCUCAAUUCUAAGAAGUAUACGGGCAGAAGGUUAUUUAAACAACCCACAGUUGGUCAAUGAAUUGCUGACUAAAUUAACACCGUAUCAACGAGCGCAAUACGGCGAUUUUGCUAUGAAUAUGGACAUCGACAGCGGCGUCGAUCUAAGAGUUAGCCCAAACCUCAGUAUGUUUGUCGAAUUUCUGAGUCAAAUUACACGCGCGUCAUCGUAUUACGCUCCGAUAAGUGUAAACAUCGCGUCCGCCGACCGCGCCGCCGCGGGCGCAGGGCACGCAGGACCCCAUGCUGGUCGGCGCGAUAAGGCUGCGGCCCCAGUGCGCGCGGGCGUAGCGACUCAUCGAAUACAUUCUCAAGUGGAAACCAUCGCGACAGUGUCGAAGCCUGAACACAAUGACAAUAAAAUUGCGUGUGUUAAGUGUAAAGCGGACCAUAAGUUAAAUCAGUGUACCGAUUUUAAAAAUAUGCCUAUUGAUGAACGUUGGGACCUUGUCAAACAAAAUAGACUAUGUUUCAAGUGCAUUUUGAAAACACACUCAAGUAGAUACUGUCGUGCAAAGCGGUGUAAUAAGUGUAAUUAUUCUCACCACGACUUAUUACAUAAAGACGUAGAAAAGGCUACGCCGCCCACGGAGGGGCCACAGCCUAACCUGCCGUCAUCGGCGCCGGCGUCUCAAGUGUCGGCCUCAGAGACAUAUGAAACGUUGACGAAUGCUGGUGAGAUAAGUGCGCGUUCAUUAUUAAAAGUGAUACCUGUGACUGUAACAACAAGUGCAGGAGUCGAACAUUGCAUCUAUGCGCUAUUGGAUGACGGAGCGUCAUGCUCAAUUUUGGACGAUCGAUUCGCGAGUGGUGUAGACGGACCUACAGUGCCGCUGAAGUUACGAAUGGCGAGUGACCGUUUCGCUAAUGACAAUAACUCUCGUAAGAUCAAAGUGAUAGUGCGCGGCCCGAAUGGUGUCAACCAUGACAUUUCCGUGCGCACGAUGCGGAACCUUAGCUUGCCCACACAAACUGUACCGGCGCGCAUUUUCAAAGAAAACGCACACCUGCGGGACCUGGAUUGCGGAGAGAUGAGGGAGGCGAAACCCAUGCUGGUGUUGGGGCAGGACAAUUGGAGUCUCAUCGUCGGCAGGGAGCUCCGUGAAGGUAAAUCCGGUCGUCCGGUCUCUUCGCUUACCUACUUAGGCUGGGUCGUCCAUGGCCCGUUAGGUGCUGGAGUUAGUGAUAGCGAGAUUGAAUCCGCCAAUUGCAUGACCGCGUUUGAUGACAAUAAUGAUUUGCACGAGUUAGUUAAGGCCCAAUUCGAGUUGGAAGCUAUAGGUAUUUCUAAUGUGUUACGUACCAACUCGAAUUCCGAACGAGCUUUAGAAAUAUUAAACAAAACAUGUCGUCGCGUGUCAGAUAACGCCCAGCAGUGGGAAGUAGGCUUGUUGUGGGCCCGCGACCAUUUAGAAAUGCCCGAUAACUAA